AUGUUGGAUUCCAACUCUCUCAAAGCUGUUGUGCUCUGCAACUCCAGGGUUUACCCAAUUGCUGCUGCCAUACUCUACAAGACUCUCUAUCUCGAGUCCAAGGUGGAAAGGUCACCUGAACCUCACCGAGAUUCCCCAUGGAAAUCGCGUAUCUAUCCGAUUCAUUUGUGUGUACACGUGAAAAACAUAUUCGUCGUGCGCUCCCAUGACGUAUCUUGUUACCGGGCUGAGUUCUGCAAUGGGUUCAUGAAGUUCCUAUCAUACCUGUUUAGGGUGGCAGUGAAUCUCCAGCACUUCCACUGGUGGCAUGAAAGAUACAUGCCAGGGGAGGUUUUGCACCAACUUUUCAAAUACCGCCCCCAAGCAAGUGUCCACAUAGCUAGCUGGAAGGUUGCCCUAUGUGAGAAACUCAACAGCAAGCUUUCCUCGGCACCUCAACUCUCCACCAUCCGUUCAAUCGAAGCCGAGUGGCACCUUGGCGAGUAUGACAGACCAAUCAGACCAAAUGCAGCGGCAAGUUAUGCUGGAUUAAUUGAUAUCAUUUAUCGAAGUCACAACCUCGAAAGUCUCAGUUUGAUUAGCUGGGGAAAUUGGGGACCGGGUCGUUCGGGUUAUAUUCGCUUUGAGGAAGUCCCACCUGAUCUUGAGAGGGAGGAAUUUGAAGCUCGGGAGAAUCGGAGAGGUCUCAUCACAUUAAGCGAAGGGAAAUCUUUACCUCGGGUAAAAAAUCUUCACUUUGAACGUAUGAGGUUUGGACCACAUCAGAGCACGUUAUGGGCCGCACAACUACAAUGGAAAAUGAUCAAAUAUUUGUCCUUGAUCUCCGUCGAUUGGAGUCACUUGCUGCCUAAAGUCACUUUCCCUGGCUGUUUUCAUGAGCUGGAAACUCUAGAAAUGAGCAUUGCGGAGCCGGAUUCUCAAGGUGAAAGUGACUACUCUGAAUAUCUUGAACGGGUGGAGCAAUUCCACGGCUUUCUGAAAGAGCUUCCACCCUUGCAAAUGUUCAUGGGGUAUGGAUUUCCGCAACAGACCCUGGGGGUGUUAGCGGAAUAUCAUGCCAAAUCCCUUCGCCACCUUCGGUUUCGAUAUGACUUAUUCGCCGAUCAUGGGGAGCCAGGACGUGUAGGCCCUCCUAUCAGCAUUCACAACCUCGGCACUCUGGCCGAUCAACUCCCUAACCUCCUAUCACUUGGUAUUAACCUGAGCUGGGGGGCCGACUGGGAGUUGCCAUGCGAUCGUCUCGCUAGCAUUGUUCGACACAAUCAUCUUCAACAUUUAGAACUGAACAUGCGCGCACUUCCUGAAAGGUCUGGGGGAUGGCCUUAUCCCGACGUUGACGAAGGAACAUGUCGUGCCCUUGUCACCGCUUUUGACGAGGCGUGCCUAAACCUUCUCUCAUUUCAUUUCAUCGUUGGUGACUGGUUCCCUUUCGGGCUUCCAUCAUGUAAGAUGUUUCAUGAAGAAGCUUUCCUGGUGGGCGAACGAGACUAUAUGGGUCACAUGCGGUUCAGCAAUAUUUGGCAUCAGAUGCAACAUGGGGAAUUGAUGCGCUUGGGAACCUUCGUCCAACGAAUCCCACCGCACGAACUGAAGGAGCGCUGGCCCACGAAUCUACGAGAGGAUAUAGAAGGUCGGAUUGGAAAUCUCUUUUGGGGAAAGCUGCUUAAAGAGUGA